AUGUCAGUUUACAUGGCGUCGUUCGUCGUCAUUAUGUUGCUCUUCCUAAUCAUCGCGAUCCAGGCGGCGUCGCCGUGGGGGGUGGCACUGCUGCCGCCACCGGCGAGGGCGGAGACAAAAGAAGCGACAGGCACAUGCCCCCCCUAUAAAUGUGAAAUUUCUAUUUUAAAAAUUCAAAUAAACUUUGAAAAUUUAAUACUGCUACCCCAUCUGAAGUUCAAGACGUGCCGGUACGACUACCAGUACGUUAGCGUGGAGACGUUCGGCGUCCUUGCCUAUGAAGCAUUCACUUUCGGCGAAAAGGACCAGCAGGUCUCCCUGAGCUUAGGCUUUGGCUGCGGCGCGCUCACCGACGGCAACCUCCUUGGCACCUCCGGCAUCCUGGGGAUGGGUUAUGUCGAUGGUGUCGCAGCUGGCUGGGAACCAACUUUCCACUCCCCCACGGCCCGGAACGCAUCCACUAGUCAGACCUCCGGCUCGGAGUCUGGCGCUGGACGAAAGCACGAGACGGUGCAGGAGGCGACGGCGCGGCGGCCCGGCACGGCCACCGCCGCGACGGCAACGGCGACGGUGAACGCUUCCCCUCCGACUUCCACGAGCCUUUUCUGUGGUAAGGCGGUUCAAAGACUGGUUAACUUCGUGGGCGGCGAGAUCCGGCCUCCGGUCGCUGGCGGACGCGAGAUCAGGCUCGUCGUAGUGGAUGUAGAGGGAGAUGGGUUCCAGCUUGAGCCUCGAGCUCCAGUUAUGCAGCAUCCGGCGGAGGCGCCAGGCGCGGACACCGCGGAACAGCGGCUUGCGCGUGGGUUGUUUGAGACCCAACUAGGACAAUUUCUAGGUUCAGAUGUGUUGGUUGGUCGUGCCACAUGCAGAGGCUGCUCAGAUCCCAGAUAG